CUCCCGGUUCGGUAAUAUUCCUUGAGCUGGGGCUGCAGUGCGCGCGCGUGUGUGUGUAUGCGUGUGUCCGGAGUUGGUUUGGCUUGGAGCUAUGGAAGCGGACGCGAGUCAAGUCACCUCUGGAAGCCCCAAUGAUUCGCAACACGACCCGGGUAAAAUGUUUAUCGGUGGCCUCAGCUGGCAAACCUCACCAGACAGCCUUCGAGACUAUUUCAGUAAAUUCGGGGAGAUCAGAGAAUGUAUGGUGAUGCGCGACCCCACCACCAAACGCUCCAGAGGGUUUGGCUUCAUCACGUUUGCAGAUGUUUCCAGUGUAGAUAAAGUCUUGGCUCAACCACACCACGAAUUAGACUCCAAGACGAUUGAUCCUAAGGUCGCCUUUCCUCGACGCGCUCAACCUAAGAUGGUCACAAGAACAAAGAAAAUAUUUGUGGGUGGAUUAGCAGCGAGCACAGUCGUUGAAGAUGUGAAACAGUAUUUUGAACAGUUUGGAAAGGUAGAAGAUGCCAUGCUAAUGUUCGAUAAAACUACAAACAGACAUAGAGGCUUUGGCUUCGUAACGUUUGAGAAUGAAGACAUUGUAGAGAAAGUCUGUGAAAUUCAUUUUCAUGAAAUCAAUAAUAAAAUGGUUGAAUGUAAGAAGGCCCAGCCAAAAGAGGUGAUGUUUCCUCCAGGCACGAGGGGGAGGGCAAGGAGUCUUCCUUACACCAUGGACGCCUUCAUGCUGGGCAUGGGCAUGUUGAGUUACCCUAACAUUGUGGCAACGUACGGUCGAGGAUACACAGGUUUUUCACCUAGCUACAGCUACCAGUUUCCAGGCUUCCCAGCUACAGCGUAUGGGCCCGUGGCGGCAGCAGCAGUGGCAGCAGCGCGAGGUUCAGGUAGGGCCACCCGGGGAAGAGGCGGCUACAUGGCGUACCCACAGAACGCAGGGCCAGGGUUCCCUGAUUAUGGCUUUUAUUCUGGGCCCGGUGACCAGCGGGGGGCUCCCUGCUCCUUUGCCGACUAUGCCACCUUGGGGCCCCAUACAGGUCAGAUGCUACAAAGUGAUCACGUCACUUCUACCUGCAACUCACCUUCCCAGCACCACCCAAGCCCGGACCACUUUAAGAGCUCAGGUGCUAACCUUCCUCGGCCUGGAGGUUUUCCUGGUGCCAACAGUCCUGGACCUGUGGCAGAUCUGUACGGCCCCAGCAGUCAGGACACAGCUGUGGGAAAUUACAUCAGUGCUGCCAGUCCCCAGCCGGGCUCCGGGUUCAGUCAUAGUAUCGCAGGUCCUUUGAUCGCCACAGCAUUUACAAAUGGAUAUCACUGAACAUUAACUGGAGGUGCAGCACCAUCUCAUUGGAGUGUUCGUCAGGAGGCCCUGGGAAAAUAACCGGAGUCUCUGAUUGGUUCGUGUACAGUUGAUGUCAAGACUUCAAGCACUACAGGUUCUGAUUGGUGAAAAUAGACAAAGGGGUGGAACCAAAAAAAGAGAAGAAAAUGUCAAAAUAUCAUCUCAGAAAACAUCAUACUGCUGUAACAGUAAUCCCACCAUCAUUUCACUAAAGGACUCCUCCCCAUAUCUCAUUCUAUUUUCUUUCUGUACGCUUUUUAAAAUUACUUUGGCUUUUAGUUGAGAACUUAGAUGAGUGAAGCAAUUCUAUUGUUCAGUUGUGAUUAUUUUAUUAUUCUUUUAUGAGUCAAAAGAUUUUUGGGGGGUGUUUUUAUUUCAAAAGUGUUUUCAAGUUUUGUUGGAUUCACUUUUGGUGCCAGUUGACGUGAGAAGCAAAUUUAACACUGACACAGGAAAGACACGCUCUGAAAGAAGACACCAUGACAUUCAUCCAUUUAAAAAAGAAAAUGACUUUAUCUUAGUAGCUGUUUUUAAUUCUUGUGAAGUCUCAUUCUUGAUCAUAAUGACCUAUUUUUGGGCAAUACAGAGGGAGAGGACUCCAAUAUUUUUAUGGUCCUUUUUAUAUAUACAUAUCUAUGUGUCGUCGUUGUUGUCGUUUAGAAAAAAGUAUACUGUAACUUUUUCUUUUUUUCCAAAUUAAAAUCUGGUUUUAAAUAGAAGAGAAAGAAAUGCACCUGUAAAUACAUUUCACUGCAUAUAACCAGUUCAAACAUAUUUUUCUGAUGGUGUGUCAUAAAAAAACUGUUUCAGGGUGCAAAUAAUCAAAGAAAAUGGCAGUAUAAACACAACUCUGGUAACACAUGAUUUCUCAAUUACUCUGAACACACAAGCCGGUGUAAUACCAGCAUAUUCACACACGUGAUAACAGGACCCCAAUCACAGUGGGCUUCAGAUUGAGGCGAAUUUUGUAUAGUUUGCUGUGGAGUUUUAAAAAGAACACUGUGUGUAGUGAUCAACGAAAGGACACUUGACUUUAAUUUUUUUGUGUUCCGCACAUUCUGACACUUUUUUAUACUCCUGUGAAAGAAAAAGAAAAAAGAAACCUACUAUGUUGUCUGUUGUUGUUAAUGUUGUCUUAUAGAGGAAGUUCCUAUUGAUUUUGGAACCUGACGUGGACUGUUCGUGAAUGGAGCGGUUUAUUUCUCUUUUGAGUGAAGCAACCAUUUUUACGAAUCAUACCUCAGUCCUGUGAGAUUUAAUUUAUUCAGAGAGCAACAGACAAAUGUGCAGAUCAAGUGUACAAAGGAAGCUUUGCAGUGUGUAUGUAAGAACGAAGGUUUUCUCUUUGCACAUCCUAGCUGUCAUGAGUGACCUUACGGAGAGCUGAUGUAUGAAAAAUUGUUCAGUGAAUGUCGAUUUUUAUUUUUCUGCCGCUGGCGUCCGGAAUGCAGGUCGAGAAAAGCCAAACGAAAAGCAAUCUAUUUCUUGGUGUGCUCAGAUUUCAUUUCACGGAUAUAGCCAACCUUUUAUCUGAAAUAUUGACGUAUUUUAAUAUAUAGCCAGUUGAAGACACUGAAAAAAUGUUGACCCAAAACCUGCCGCUGAUGUUCUGAUUUCUUGUCCUUUUAAAAGCUGGUUUAGGUCAAACGCAUAUAAAAAAAAAUAAAAGAUUUUUUUUUAAUGUUAAUGAUCUGAUAUGUAUAUUCUGAUGUAAAUGUGUCUUUGUUUCCAGCUGCCAAUGUAAACUGUUUUGUUUCAUGAAUUCUGUUUGAUUUGGUGUAGUCUGGUAGUCAGGUAUACAGAUCCAGUCAAGUUAUAAUAUUUGAACAAAUGAAAGGAACAUAAGGACCGAAGAAAACUAUUGUAAUGUUCAAAUGUAAACAAAAAUGAAAUAUAAAACAUUAAAAAUGUUCACUGAUU